CUGUUAUACCUGAUCCUUUUGCGAAGGACAAGAGGAUUUUUAAGUUUUCUGGAAGAAUUGUUCUUUGUAGGACUCACUGCUUGGUCAUGCUGGACCCUUUUUUUUACAGUGCGCCACUACGAAGUGGUUUAUUUAAUUCAUGAGAAGCAUGGAGAGGAGGUUGGGAGUGUGAACGAGAAAGUUCAAGACUUUCUAAGGGGGAAGAAAGGCAGAAUAUGGAGAUUGAAUGAUUGGGGACUUCGGAGACUGGCAUACAAGAUACAGAAAGCAACCAAUGCCCACUACAUUUUAAUGAACUUUGAGUUGGAAGCUAGAUGGAUCAAUGAUUUUAAGACCAUGUUAGACAAAGAUGAGAGAGUAAUUCGGCAUCUGGUGAUUAAGAGGGACAAAGCAAUCACGGAAGAUUGUCCUCCUCCACUUGAGUGGCACACUCUUCGUGCUGGUGCAGAUGAUUAUGACGAAGAAGAAGAUGAUGCAGAUUUUGAUGAUGUCUAUGAAGAUGAUGGAGAUUGGGAUGACGAGGAAGAUGUGGAUACCUAUGAAGAAGAUGAUGCCAUUACUGAAGACGGUAUUAUUGCUGAGAACAAGGAUGAUGAUACAGAAGAUUGGACAGCUAGUGUAGGUAACACAGAAAGAAAAGACCGCAAAGCUGAAAAGAUAGCUAGGUAAUGUGGUUUCCAAGCAAAAUUCUGCAUUCUUUUGGGCAGUAAUCUGGGAGGAUUACAUAAAUGUAGCUCUCUGCAAUUUUGUGGGACUAUUCGAUGUUAACUUAUAUCUAUCUUAACAUUACCAAUUCCCAUUAAAAAAAAAAAUUGCAA